AUUUAAUUAAUUUUUCUUUCUCCUCCUCCUCCAGGAACCUUCCUUUCUCUCUGAAAAUUAAAGGGAAAACAGAACAGACUCUUUCCAUCAUUCAUCUCUUUUUUUUUUCUUUUUCAUUCCAAAAUUUUUUAUAGGUGGACAUGAGACCCAAUCUGCAACCACCCCCAUCGGCCGGUGGCUCCUCCUCUGUCAAUAGGAGCCGUCCAGGUCGACGAGUUGACCUAACCCUACCUCUUCCACAACGCAACCCAACCCUUGCCGUCCCUCUUCCCCUUCCUCCCUCAUUUAACUCCGCUCCACCUACAGCCAACUCUAACGCCGCCGCGCCUCUGCAGGUCAACAUCUCGGAGCUCGAUCGUGUAAGCCGAAUAGGAAGCGGGACGGGGGGAACCGUUUACAAAGUCAUCCACCGUCCUACGUCUCGCCCUUAUGCCCUCAAAGUUAUCUACGGGCACCACGAGGAGUCCGUUCGCCGUCAGAUCCGUAGGGAGAUCGAGAUCCUCCGUGACGUGGACCACCCUAACGUUGUGAAAUGCCACGAAAUGUACGAUCACAACGGAGAAAUCCAGGUCCUUUUGGAAUUCAUGGACGGCGGAUCUUUGGAAGGAAUCCCCAUAUCUCACGAGUCUAACUUAUCAGAUCUAGCCCGUCAAGUCCUCAGCGGUCUGAACUACCUUCACCGGCGACACAUCGUUCACCGCGAUAUAAAACCCUCGAACCUGCUAAUCAAUUCGAAGAAGGUUGUCAAAAUAGCUGAUUUUGGGGUGAGCCGAAUUCUGGAUCAAACCAUGGACCCAUGUAACUCAUCUGUUGGGACCAUAGCUUACAUGAGUCCCGAGAGGAUUAACACCGAUUUGAACCAUGGGCUCUACGAUGGUUACGCUGGGGAUAUUUGGAGUUUAGGUGUUAGCAUAUUGGAAUUCUAUUUAGGGAGGUUCCCUUUCGCGGUUGGUCGACAAGGUGAUUGGGCCAGUCUCAUGUGUGCGAUUUGUAUGUCUCAGCCACCAGAGGCUCCUCCUAAUGCUUCCAAUGAAUUUAGGCAUUUUAUAUCGUGCUGUUUGCAGAGGGAUCCAGCCAGGAGGUGGACGGCGACUCGGUUGUUGCAGCAUCCUUUUAUACUCAGAGGACAACAACAUCAGGCUGCUCAGAAUCUUCAUCAGUUAUUGCCACCCCCACCUCCCUUUUCUUCCUAGUUCCCUAUUUCUUUUUAUUUAUUUUGGGUUUAGGGCAAAAAUAUCAUCUUCUGUAAGUUUUGAUAUAAUGAGGGUGUUGGGGAGGGGGAGUUUGGGUGCAAUGUAUUUCCUUUCUUUUUCCUUUCAUGUUUCUAUUAAUCACAGUCUUGGUCUUUUGAUAAAAAAGAUAAUCUUUACAAUAUUAAAAAAAAGAACCUCUGUUAUGA